UAUUAAAACUAACACAAAAUAUUUUUAAAUUUAACAUAUACGAUAUAAAUUUUUAUCGAGUGAUAGGUCUAUAUUACAUCUAAUUGUGAUGUAACUUGAUGUUCGUUUAUGUCGCUUCAGUCGUUGUUGAAUAGUAUUGUUAUAAUUAGAAUUAAAUAAUUAAAAUGGCCAAUGCUCUGUACAAUUUCAUUUUUAAAAGAUCCUCUACAUUUACCAUAGCUAUUAUAGCUAGCAGCUUUUUCUUUGAACGAGCAUUUGAUCUAAUUUCGAAUGAAAUGUUCGAACAGAUUAAUAAAGGGAAACUUUGGAAAGAUAUUAAGGAUCAAUAUGAAAACAAGUAAUGAAAAAUAUUAAUUGUAUUAUAUUAGAUAUAUAUAUAUUACAUAGGUAUGAUAUAUUCCCAUAAUUGUACAAAUAAACAAUUUAUUCAAUGUGACAAAAUAUGUUUUUAAAUAAUAUUAUAAUAUUAUUUAAUUUAAAUAAUAUUUUAAAUUUUAUUUGUUAAUAUUUAAUAAUAGAAAAAAUUACAGUAAUUUAUGUUGUUGAUAUAUUUUAAAUAUAAUAAAAUUUUAUAAGAAAUUAUAAUUAUAAGAAAGAAAAAAGUUUAAAUUUCACAAUAUUAAUAUUAUUAUUAUUAUAAUAUUAUAAUAUUUAUUAUAAUAUUUAUAAUAUAUUAUCAUAAUAUUAUUUAAAUAAUCAUUAAAAUAGUUAAAUGAAAUGAUGAGAAGGUAAUAUUGUUGCAGACAUUAAAUCAAUAAUCAUAAAAA